CGUGCAGGGAGCCCGGCUGUAUAAAGCCAGGAGGCAGCGGGAAGGGAGGCAGGCUACUCAGCUAGAAGCUUCACCAGCUUUAGCGGAGAGCCUGGGAGCUGCGGCAAGCGGCGGCGGCGGCGGCAAGAGCUGAUCUUGCAAGCGACCAGCAGCCCCUAUCACCUGUGGAGCCGGGAGACUGGUACGCACCCUCGGAUCUCCAGAGACCACCUUUCUUUCCUCCUCUUCUCUUAAUUUCCUCAAGAAGCCGAGAAGAGAAGGGGGUUUGCUUUGGCACUGGGAGGAUUAACCCCUUCUGAGGAGCCAGGCUAGCGGAGAGAAAGGCUGCUGAACUCGGACCCCUGCGGUGGGCCCGGGAGGAAUUUGCCUUGUCUGUUUCCCAAGAACACAAGCGAUGGAGCUGGAGCACAUGAGCAGUGGGGGCCUUCAUACCUACCACGGUCCCCGGGGUGGGCCAGCGGCCAAGCCCAACGUGAUUCUGCAGAUCGGGAAGUGCCGGGCAGAGAUGCUGGAGCACGUAAGGAAGACUCACCGGCAUCUGCUCACCGAGGUAUCCAAGCAGGUGGAGAGGGAGCUGAAAGGCUUGCACAGGUCCGUGGGGAAGCUGGAGAAUAAUUUGGAUGGCUAUGUCCCCACCGGGGACUCACAGCGCUGGAAGAAGUCCAUCAAGGCCUGCCUGUCCCGCUGCCAGGAGACCAUUGCCCACCUGGAGCGAUGGGUGAAGAGGGAGAUGAACGUGUGGCGAGAGGUUUUCUACCGGCUGGAGAAAUGGGCUGACCGGCUUGAGUCCAUGGGAGGCAAGUACCCAGUGAGCGGGGAGGCCGCCCGCCAGACUGUCUCUGUGGGCGUGGGGGGCCCUGAGAGCUACUGUCAGGAGACUGACCCCUAUGACUACACGGUGAGCCCCUAUGCCAUCACGCCCCCAACACCAGCAGGGGUCAUCGGGGGAGGAGAGGCCUUAAGCCACGAGCCCUCAGAGAACCAGCAGUACCCACCCUGGAGCUCGACCACUGAGGAUGGGACACUGAGUCCCGGUGUAGACACACAGAUUUUUGAGGAUCCCCGUGAGUUCCUCAGUCACCUGGAGGAAUAUCUGAAGCAGGUCGGUGGGACUGAAGAGUACUGGCUGUCCCAGAUCCAGAACCACAUGAAUGGCCCAGCAAAGAAGUGGUGGGAAUACAAACAGGGCUCUGUGAAGAACUGGGUGGAAUUCAAGAAGGAAUUCUUGCAGUAUAGCGAGGGGACCCUCACCCGGGAUGCUAUCAAGCGAGAGCUGGACUUGCCCCAGAAACAAGGGGAGCCUCUGGACCAAUUCCUCUGGCGUAAGAGAGACCUUUAUCAGACCCUGUAUGUGGAUGCUGAUGAAGAAGAGAUCAUCCAGUAUGUGGUGGGCACCCUUCAGCCCAAACUCAAGCAUUUCCUUCGACACCCUCUGCCCAAGACCCUUGAGCAGCUGAUCCAGAGAGGUCAGGAGGUCCAAGAAGGGCUGGAGCAGGGAGAGGAUGCCACCGAACAGCAAACCCAAUCAGAGGACAAUGAUGAAUCACUCACCCCAGCUAUUGAGUCCCUUGCCAGUGAUGGGACCCAGCCUGAGUAGAGGUGGUGGCAGCCACCCCUCAGCCUUUGUUAGCCCCCUCUUACCCCCACCCCUUCUGGGUGUUCCCUUCUGGGAUCACUUGGUUGAGGAUUCUCCCAGAUGUCCUAAUUUCCCAGGGGCAGCUUGUGCUGUCUUGCCAAGGAAGAGUUGGCAGUCAGCCCCAUCCCCCAGUGGGAUUGGCACUUGGUGGACUUGGACACUUUGGGAGACAAGACUCAUGCAGUAGGGGUUUUCCCAUCACCUUGCCCAUACUCCCUCCCUCCUACUUGAAUCCUCCAUAGUUUCACACAGGAUCACCUAUGCCAGCAUCAGCUAACUUUCCCCCCCUCCUCAGCUGCUUGAAGACCGGAAUUUUAGCCUUCCUCUUUCCCUCUAGCCAGUAUGGUGGGUUUCCUUAUCUUAUUUUUGUCCAUCACUCCCUUUCACUCCUCCCCAUCCCCAUGGCUCUACAAAGAGUUUCACCUGCUCCCACAUGAAACUCUUUCUAACCAAGAAUCCAGCCACUGGUCCCCUAACCUCAUUCCUGGCCACUAGCCACAGGGGACAUAGAGAGUAGCUAAAUUAUAAGGUAGGCUGGCAUUGAGCCAGCUCACUGUUCAGACCCUGGACUCCAAGAUCAUCAGAGAAGAAACACAGAAAAAGAAAACCUGCUUUCCAACCUCUUACCCUUCGUGUGGUGAGAAUCAGGGGUCCACAGCCAUUCUGAGCCCACCAUGGCAGCGGGUAUCCUCCUGGCUCCCCCAGAGAAGACACAAAGUCUUUCCAGGGAUGGCAGCAGCAAUGGGUGCUUGGAGAUCUCGAUCCCUCCUGCAGUCUAAAGUGAUUCACUCCAGCCUAGCAGAACAGAGAGGCAGUGAUGAUUCACCUUGUGAUGGGCAGCAGGCUGAGGGGGAUCAAGGAAGCUCCAGUGCCUGAUUUCCAAAGUCCUUGGGGAUUCAGUGUCUGCACCUAAAAGAACCAAGACUCUCACAAACUUAUUUGCUGCUGAGGCUGAAAUAGGCUCACCAUCCUGGAGGGGAGAGAACAAACCUGCCAUAAGGGGAAGGAGAAGCUUGUGGAUACAGCAGUGGAGCUGCCCAGACAAGGAGAAGGAGAUGGAAGGGAAAGGAAGGGAUUGCCAAAGAACAGGGGCAGACAGAGCUCUGGACAGAAGUGACACUGGCCAAACUGACAACUCACAGGGAGGAUGGAUGGAAAAGCAGCCUCCUGCAGGAAGCCAAUGUCUGGCCCUUAGGCACUACCUGGCUUCCUGCCACUUCUCUGCAUCUUUGGAGUCCCAAGUUCAUGUGGCAGGAUCUGUAAUAUGAUCCCCUUUAUCUCCUUCAACCAGGGCCCCAUGUCCUGUCCUGUGUCAGUGGCCAUGGCCCACCUUCCUGCCCCACCCUCCUGAACCUCACUCCUGGAGGUGUCUCCCAGGGGCAGAGGAAGUCAGGAUUUCUUUCCUAUUGGAUUCCCCACUGUCAUGUCCCCACCCUCCCAAUCCUCCCCACACUGGCUAACAAAUGUUUACAGCCCUGUCCCAUCUUUGGAGAGUCCAUCCAGGGUUAGUUCAGCCUUCCUGGACCUUACUGCCUACCUUUCCAAGGGAGUAGGAGGCAGGGUGUAUCUGACAGUCCCCUAGAUUCUGGCUGAUUUGCCAGCCAUAGUCCUGUGCUCUGCCAACUUCUCCCUAUAGAUUUAUUUUUUAUUAGACUUUCUUCAGAUUAAUAUAUAGACUAUAUUAACCCUGUACUAAUUGUAUCUGGUCCCAUUGGCCAGAACUUGCUUGGCCUCAUUGACCAUUGAUGGGGGGGGACCCCUCUGGGUAGCUCUAAGUUGGAUGAGCUAUACUCCCCACCCCUUCCCCUAUUUAUCCAUUAGACUGGCCACAGCAUCAACUGACUAAGUCCAUGGUCAACAGGCAAUGUGUGCUUCCCUUCCCCUGAAAAAAAUAUUCUUUUGUAAGAUUUCUUUAAUAAAACAUUGAA